UGAUGUGUCAAUUCUUGUAGGUACUAAUGUAUAUGGGACCUACUGCCCUGAAGGAAGUCAUUGAAAAUGCUGAGUUAUAUCCUAUAAGAGGCCUUUUCACUUUUGCAAUUACUUUGAUGAGAUUGAUGCAUACUAUCAUCGAACACUUGGAAGUGAAUUUGGUGUCUCAACUGGAUGGAUGGGUUUAAAUGCACUAUACAAUGUUGUGCCAGGAGAGUUGACUAUAGUAACUGGGGUUCCAAAUUCUGGCAAGAGUGAAUGGAUUGAUGCUCUUCUAUGCAAUCUUAAUGGUAGUGUAGGUUGGAAAUUUGCACUUUGCUCAAUGGAAAAUAAGGUUCGGGAGCAUGCAAGGAAACUUUUGGAGAAACACAUAAAAAAGCCCUUCUUUGAUGCGAGAUACAAUGAAUCUGUUGAACGGAUGACUGUUGAUGAGCUAGAGCAAGGAAAGAAAUGGUUGGAUGAAACAUUUUAUCUCAUAAGGUGUGAGAAUGACUGCCUUCCAAACAUCAGUUGGGUCCUUGAUCUUGCAAGGUCAGCAGUUCUAAGACAUGGUGUUAAUGGACUUGUGAUCGAUCCUUACAAUGAACUUGAUCAUCAACGGCCUGUGAGCCAGACUGAGACGGAGUAUGUGAGUCAGAUGCUAACUAAGAUUAAACGAUUUGCUCAACAUCAUGCCUGCCAUGUUUGGUUUGUAGCACACCCAAGACAGUUGCAUCAUUGGGUUGGAAGUCCCCCUAAUUUAUAUGACAUCAGUGGAAGUGCACAUUUCAUAAACAAAUGUGACAAUGGCAUUGUCAUUCAUCGGAACAGGGAUCCAGAUGCAGGUCCUAUGGAUCUAGUGCAAGUUUGUGUGCGGAAGGUGCGGAAUAAGGUUGCAGGAACCAUAGGCGAGGCUUUCUUGUCAUAUAAUAGGGUAACUGGUGAAUACAUGGACCACGUUAGUUCCCGAGUAAAUGGAAAACCACAUUAGCAGGGUCGGCAAUUGCAGAGAGUUAAAUGAAGGCUGCCAACUUGAUUGUUCAUGAGUGCUCUUCUUGUUGCCUAAGAAUACUCUUAACUUGUAGAACCUUAUGCUUAAACACUCGGUAGUGUCAAGGAGAACUAAUUCUCAAUUUUGUCCGAUCUAUUUUGUUUUUGUUGUAUAUCUUUUUUUUUUUUUUUGUGAAAGAGCUUAUUUUUUUUAUUAUUAUAUUUUUCUCGCCGUUCCUUGAACUUAUUGUAUAAUAUGAUUUGUAUAAUUUGUACUUAAACUAAGGCUGUAGAUUCUGAUUAUAUAGAUAGAUUUUUAAAUGCUGAGUCAGAAGUGAUCAGGAUGAUGAUUCAUGGA